AUGGCAACUGGAAUUUUUUCACACUUCCAGAAUAACAAUAUUGCCGGCGCUCUUAGCGACAUUUUCAGGCUUCUUAAAACUCUUGGUUCGAACAGCAACAAGACACUGCAUUCGAUUACGAUUAUGAAUUGGGUUGCAACUACAACUUUCGGAACUAGCUCAUUUGCUUCACGCGAUUAUGCCAAUCAGGUCAGUGACUUCCCGCGCGGCCCGCGUGGUCCUUUGUCUUCGCCAUUGUCGCGCGACGACUCGGCGGAUUGGGGAUCGGUGGCGGCGCCGCCGUCGCCCUCACCGGUUCGCCGGCGUCGCGGGACUGGCACGGGCACAUAUUCGGGGGACAACGCAUCUCACAAACGGUUCAACAUCUUUCAAUGGAACAGCUAUGGAAUUAGAAGUGGACUCCCUUCACUGCUUUCAAUUGCAAAGGACUAUCAUGUUCUCUGCAUCCAAGAAACCCUGCUUAAAAACAAUAACGCCAUUAAUAUUAAAGGUUUCAACGUAUAUAGAAAGGAUAUAACCCAUCCAGGAGAUCGAGGCAUAUGCACACUAGUAAGAGCGGAUAUCAAGUCUGAGCUUGUCGUCCUCCAGAAUAUUGAGCAUCCAUCGGUAGAAUUCAAUGCAGUUCGAAUUGAAUGUCUAACUUCUGAACCGGUGAUUAUCGUUAAUGUCUACCGACACCUCGGGCAAAGAACUCCCGCUUCCUUCUUCAGAUCUUUGCUCAACAGCUUGCAAGGUUACAAGAACCUUAUUAUUCUGGGAGAUUUCAAUGCUCAUCACCCGGCAUGGGGCUCCGGGACACACUCUAGUUCGGGAAGGACCCUUCAUCAGAUCAUUGGAGAAUAUGACUUGUUCAUAUUCAAUGGAAAAGCGCCAACCUUUGUGAGAGUCUCAUCAGCUACUACCUCAACUAUAGAUCUGGUUCUGGCGUCUCCCUCCCUGGCACCUCUGUGCAGCACUAAAACAGAAUCCGACACUCUCGGCAGUGACCACUUCCCCGUCAUCACGACAAUCGGCAUCCAAGCUUGCUUCAAAAAAAAAUUCUACUAUAAAAUACCGUUAUCUAAAGAAAUGUGCCAGGAUCUGUCUCGGACUCUGCUCUCCGCUACCAAGGAUCUUCCCGCUCAAGUUGGAGAUGAUUUAUUAGGUUGCUAUGACGCUUUCAUUAACAAUAUUCUUGAGGUGGCCAGGAGCUUCCUCCCAGAGAGCAAGCGUUUUCCGCGCACCUCUGUACAAAUAAAAAAAUUAGAACUUCCGCCUUGGUGGAAUGAGAUAUGCUCCGAAGUGGUUCGUGAUAGAAAGAAAGCUAUCAGAGAGUUCCUGUCCACCCCCUCUGAGGAGAACCAUCAAGAUUUCCGAAGGGCCCGCUUAAACUGUACCAAGGUACUCCUGGAACAAAAGCGAAGAGGCUGGCGCACCCUGGUGAAUGGCUUCAAUGCAAGGACUCCUACCAGUCAGAUUUGGGCCUUGAUUAAAAGUUUCAAGAGGAGGGCGUCGCAACAAGUCUCCCGGCAGCAAGAAUACACACGGAUCGCCAUGGAAGCUAUCUCCAAACUAUAUGAAAUUGGAGGACGAGAAAAACACAAAUACACAUGCUGGGCUGGACGACCCCCUGACCAUGAGCGAAUACCGGAGAGCAAAAAUUUCGUCCAGAAAAAACUCCGCGCCUGGAUUGGAUCAGGUCUGUUAUAA